AUGGGAAAUCAAGCGUCGUCGCUGCCAAAAGAUCGAUUGGACCGGCUUCAUCAUGAAAGUGGAUGUAAGUCAGAGGCAAAUAAAGGGCCUACUUAUUGGUUACCGAGUUUUGAGACUUUCGAAUUUAUGGGGAAUUUUUGAAGGAUUUGCAAAAGCGCUGUUUCACUUUCUUGAAGCAGAAAAGAUCUCCAAAAAAGGGGACGUUUUCGGAUGAUGCGCCCGCAUUUUCUUCAAAUUUUGCAUAUGCAUUUUGAAGUCGCCGAAUUCUUGUAACACAACAAGUUUUGUGCAGCACAGAUAGCAUACGAUUUUGUGGGGCUUCGGUAGUUCAGCCCCCCACGAAAGGUAGUUCAAACCCCCACUGUUUUGCCCGUUUCACACCCCACAUAAUAAACAAAUUAGAAUAAUACAAAAAAUGUAAGUGGGGGUUUGAUCUACUACGUUGGGGGUUUGAUCUAAAACGUAGGGGGCUUGACCUAAAACGUAGGGGGCUUUUUCUAAAACGGAGGGGGCUUCAUCUAAAACGUAGGUGGCUUGAUCUAAAACGUAGGGGGCUUCAUCUAAAACGUAGGGGGCUUGUGCUGGACCAUACAACUUGGAUUAAUUCUUUGAAAUAAAUUUUGGGGUUCAGAAUAGACGAGGGGGGUUGUACUGGGUCAUGGGGGGCUAAACUGGACUGGGGGGCUGUACUACCUUAGCCCCGAUUUUGUUUUUGAGAGAGCGAGUAAAAUGAGGAAUUUCGGAAAAGAUACAAUAAGUUUUUUGUUUAUAACUUUUCUGCUUCUGCAAAAGAAGGUUUGAUUUUUGAACGGUUGCUGUAUAGUCCUUUCAGAAAGUCGCCGGACUAGUUUUUGGCGUGUGCACUGUGCGAAAAAAGUCAGGGUGCAAGCGACAGCCAAAAAAAGACUGCACGGUGCAAAAAGUAAGAAAUUGCAUAUUGCAAAGAAAAUUUUUGUUUUCGCACAGUGCGUGUCGCCAAUUUUAGUCCGGCCACCUUUCGGAAGGCCUAGUACGUAAGCUCUGGAAAAUGACCCCAAGAUUUUUGGGCUAAAAAAUGUGGCGGUAUCACUGCAAAGUUUUUCUUGAAAAUCACGAGCUCAGAAACUCGGAUACGACUUUUUAAGGCAUCAAGUUUAAAAAAGCUUUAUACUCCAAAUUUUUUAUACACCAAAGAUCUGAGAAUUCCUAUUUUCACAAUCUUUAGCAAAAAAUUUAUUUGAUAUUCCAGUUUUUAAUCAAGAGUUUGUAAAAUACGGAGCACUUCAUGUCGUAAUUAUUUGCUCUUAUUUUUAGUAUCAAAAGCGAGCAUUCGAAUGCUCUACGAACGGUUUGAAACGCUGGCCAAGCACAAAGAUGACAAUCUCAACGAACUGUUUUUGACUCCAGAAGACUUUGAAGACAUCCCGGAACUCUUGAAAAAUCCGCUUGGCUCAAGACUGAUUGAGGCCUUCUUUGCUGACGCUGAGUAAACGACACAUGCUUUAUAAUCUUGCAUUGUCAAAGAUUUGUUCAAUAACAAUCUCUUUUACAUUUUCAGCGCAGCUCAACAGCGCCUGUACUUUCGGGAUUUUGUAAAAGUUUUGUCGCAUUUCCGGCCGGUCAACAAGAACCAUCCUCAUCCAUGGAAUUCGAGGGAAACUAAAUUAAGAUGUAAUUUUGAAUAAGUUUGUUUGCAAUCAUGUAAUUUCAGUUGCUUUUACAAUGUACGAUGUCAACAAGAGUGGGACAAUAACAAAAGACGAGUUCACACAUAUUUUGGAGGUAAGGAGUUUCUGAGGAUUUAGAGGUUAAAAAAAUUUCCCCUUGGUCUCCCCCCUUACCACAUUAUUUUUUCGUAAACCAAAAAAAUGAAUUUUGGAAUCUCGCGAAAUCCUUUCAAUUAAGGAACAAUGCUCUCAAUGUGCACGCACAUACAAGAGGGGUUGCGGGAAAAUUCAAAUUUUCUUCGGCCAUGAUGAUCGGUCAUGUUUUUCGGACUUGGCAAUUUUUUCUUCUGCACUGUACAGGGCAAACAAUAAGCAAAAACUACGCCAUUUGCGAAUGGUUCUUUCCAUUGUGCCGUUCGGAACAGGUCUUAUCCUGUUUUGAACUCUGCAAGUUGCGAGACAUAAACGUUGGCAUGGCCGAAAUGCGUGGCUGAGCAUCAUGGCCGAAAAAAUUUUGAAUUUACCCGCAACCCCUCUUAUAUGUGCAUCCAAACUUUGAUACAGUUUCUGUCUGCCCAAACUCAACGACUUAUCUUGCCAGAACUUAUUUACAGUGCAUGCAAGACUAGAGUUUUUGAAACUGGCACAUUCCGCAGAAGCAAUUUGUUUAGUAAACCUUGAAACAACCCUUUCAAUCAAUUCUCAACUUACAAAGAUCCUGUUUCUCCAAUUUCUCCUUGAACUUUCAUUUACAUCAUAACGAGUGUUCUCUCCGCUUGCAGAGAAUGAUCGGCGGCAACGUGAGCAAGGCCAAAGUCGAGAGUAUUGCGACACGAACAAUGCGUGAGGCGGACAAGAACUAUGAUGGGAGUAUUACGUUCGAGGAGUUUUGCAAGGUAAGCCUACACGAAGAGAGCAGGCAGUUGUUGUAUUUAGGCAAUGGAGAAGACGGACAUUGAGCAGAAGAUGUCGUUCGGAUUUUUGAAAUGA